CGAUCCCGUCCAUAAAGCCCGAAGCGAAGGCGCCCGCGCGCCCGGCUCUCUUUCCCUGCCCCUCCGCCGCGCGGAGCCAGGAAGCGUCUCCCCGCCGGAUCGUCGCGCCGGGGCCAGGUUUGGCCGCUUCCCCCCGGGCUUUCCUUCUCCGCUGCCCGCCGCCGAGAAGAGCGGGUCCAAGGGGUCGGCGAGAGGAGGCUGUUCGCCGAACCGGGUCUGCCCUGGCGGCUUCCUUAACCGCGGCUUAGUGAAUACGGAGUCCUGCCGGCUCGGGUCACUCGGUAAUUCUGACUUUCUGGAGGCUGGCAGCCAGCAUGUCAAAGCCUAUAUGUCUGGUGGACUCGUCAUGCCAUGUAAACCCAGCUGCCUUGAAGCUGCUCAGAAGCCUCACUGGCCCCCUCUAUGUGGUGGGUAUCUUUGGACCCAAAGGCACGGGGAAGUCUUUUCUCUUGGACCAGCUGGCAGGGCAGGAGAAAGGUUUUGGCCCCAUGCCAGGAAUGUGGAUCCAGCAGCUGGCUCAUCCAACAAAACCAGAAAAAAACCUCAUCUUGCUGGACACAGAAGGUUUUCCAGAGCAGAUGGACAAAGAUAAAGAUAACCUUUUCUCCAAAUUCUUCUGCUUAAAUGCCUUGCUCUGCGACCUCCUGAUAUAUAACACCACACAUAAUGAAGAGCCCGAAAAAGAGUUGGAAAAACUUUCCUAUGUGACGCAGCUGUCCAAUAAAAUCCUCCUCUCUGAGGAUGAUCCUUUGGAGAACAGCGUCUUGCUCCGUAGCGUCCUUCCUGAGUUUGUUUGGUCCCUUUUUGAUGUGUCUUCUGACUCGGUUUGGGAAGAGAUGCUCCAGAGCACAAACAAUAACAUGGAUAGCUUCCUUUUUUCCCUUGCAGCUUUGGAGGCAGAGACACCGAUUGACUGCAUACAGAAGCUCUUCCCCUCCCAGAAGGCGUUCUGCUUUCACUGUCCUCAAGUGAAUGAAGAGGACUGGGGGUUCUUCCCACCAGAUUCACUGCAUCCCGUGUUCCAGAAGCAAUUUCGAGCAUUUAAUAACUAUAUCCUGAGCAAAGAACCAAAGAUAAGUGUCAGUGGAAAAGUUUGGUCCUACAGGCUGGAGCUGUUUGUGGAUGCCUUAUCACAGGAUAAGCCUAUCCUUCUGAGUCAGAUCUCGGAAACUGUCCAAGAAGUAUUCUUCUGGGAUGACAAUGGGAGCCUUAUGGACUCCAUGAAGAAUAUUGCCUCGGAAACCCCAGCAGAAGGCUCUUCUUCUGAACAGGAAUACGAGUCCAGACAGGCAUCUCCAUUUCAAGUGCUACCAUCCUGGGAUCCAACAAGUAUCAUGGAAGGGCCAGUGUGCCUGAUAGAGAAUAAGCCCAAUGAGCAGCUGCAAAUCAAUCUGGAUGCCUUACAACUCCUGCAAAGCAUCUGCCAGCCUGUGGUUGUGGUGGCCAUUGUAGGGCUGUACCGCACUGGCAAAUCCUAUCUCAUGAACAGGCUGGCAGGAAAGGUGAAAGGAGGUUUCUCACUAGGUGCCACAAUACAAGCCAACACCAAGGGCAUCUGGAUGUGGUGCCUUCCACAUCCCUUAAAGCCUCACCAUACCCUGGUGCUCUUGGAUACGGAAGGUCUAGGUGAUGUUGAGAAGAGCAAUACGAAGAAUGACUCAUGGAUCUUUGCACUCUCCAUUCUGCUGAGUAGCACUUUCAUUUUCAACAGCAUGGGCACCAUUAAUCACUACGAUUUGGAACAACUGCACUACGUGGCUGAACUCACCAAGCAUAUCGAGGUGAAGGCCUCUCCCCAGCAGGAUGGGGAGAGAGACGACGGGCCCCCUGAUGAGUUCGCCUUUUUUUUCCCAGCCUUCAUUUGGGUGGUACGUGAUUUUUGGUUGCAACUGGAGUUGGCGGAUGGGCGCUUGAUCUCUGAAGAUGAGUACCUGGAGAUAGCCUUGGAAAGACAGAACGAUAUUCCAGAGAAUCAGGCUAAGAUUCAGAAGUACUUACGGCAGUAUUUCCCUCGCCGUAAGUGCUUCGUGUUUGAUCGCCCAGCCUCCCGACGAGAUCUACCACACCUUGAGAUGCUGGAUGAGUCGAACCUGAAACCUGAGUUCUUGGAGCAAGCACAUCAGUUUUGCCGCUACAUUUAUCAAGAGGCCCGGCCCAAAACUAUCCAGGGAGGACACAUGGUCACUGGGACACUGUUGGGGAGCCUGGCAAUGACCUACGUGGAUGCCAUUCGGAGUGGGGCCGUCCCUUGCAUUGAGAAUGCGGUGCUGGCCUUGGCUCAGAUAGAGAAUUCAGCUGCUGUAAAUGAUGCCCUCAGAUGCUACGAGAACAUGGUGGGGCUGUUGAUAGAUCUACCCACAGAAGAUGUUUCUGAAUUAUUUACCAUGCAUGCCUCCUGUGAGAGAGAGGCCAUUCAGGUGUUCUUAGCCCGUGCCUUCCACGACAAGGAUCAAGAGUACCAGAAACAGUUGCAGAACCAGCUGCAAUCCAAACUUGAAGAACUCUGCCUUCAGAACCAGCAGGAGUCUUUGAGCCGUUGUCAGGCUGUGCUCCUGGAAUUGUUCCAGGAGCUGGAGGAGAAGAUCUGCAGUAGGAGCUACUUAGUGCCUGGUGGCUACCAACACUUCCUGGAUGACCAGCAGGAAUUAGUGGAGAGGUACCACAAGAUCCCUGAGAAAGGACCAAUGGCCAUGUUGGCCCUGCAAGACUUCUUGACAUCUAAGGAGCCAGAAGGACAAUCCAUUCUGCAUGCUGAUCAGACUCUCACAAAGCAGGCAAAGGCGAUUGCAGCUGAGAAAGCUGAGUCUGAGGCCUCUAUGCGGGCACUUCAGCUGCAGAGAGAAAUUCAAGAACAGAUAGAACAGACAGCCAAGGAAAACCAACGGAGUUUCGAGGAGCACAGAAGGCAGCUGUUGGGCAAGAUGGAGGAAGAGCGGAGGAGGACUGCGACUGAGUAUGAGUGGCUCCUGAACCAGAAGAUCCAGGAGCAGAGGAGGCUUCAUGAACAACAGUAUCAGCAGGAAGUCUCUGAUCUUCAGGAUGAGAUCCAGAGACUGCAGUUUCAGAUCAAUCAAAACUCAAGAAGACAGGACUCUGAAUCAUGUGUGAUCUUCUGAGGGUGGCACCUCUGAAAAGCUUUGAGAAACAGACAGCGACUCCUGAGUGCAGCGGGGACAAAAUGGGUGGGAAGUAAAGAGUAAUAUCCAGGAUAACGAAAACUCUCUUCAACAGAAGUUUGGACCAUCCUUGUAUUGUUGGAGAUAGCAGGAAUGGAGGCUCUGGGGUUUGCGACCCAUCUGUGCCCCUCUGAACCCCAUUUGCAACUUCCAGAGAUCCCAGAGUGACAGAGCUAGACAUUUUUUGUUUUGGUUUUUGAGUUUGGGGUUAAAAGGUGAAAUAGCAUCCUUUCAAGGCUCAGAACUGUCCCUGCCAAAAAUGGGGCUACUUUUCCCACUUGGGGUGGGGGAGCGUUAAGAGGCAAAAUAGCUUUUGUAAGGCUUAUGGAACCAAUGGGGCCACUUAAACUGUCCCUCCAAUAAAGAAGAACAGAUCCAGAAUUUCCCAUUUGAUCCAUUCCAGUGUCAUCACCAGCUACGUCUCCCCAUGGUCCCCAGGCCGGACAGGAAGUGUGGCCCAUGAGGCCAAAAACAAUUUGUGCUCCUGGCAUAUGCAAAAUGUUUUAGAGCUGCCUUUCUCAACUGGGUUUCUGAGAGGUUCAUAAGGAUUCUGCAAGGUAUCAUGACUGGAAAAAAAACAACAUUGGGUUUUGAACUUCACACACUUUAAAUGUUAGUGCUUGCAGUGUUGGGAAUUUUUACGCACUCUGAAAAUUCUGGUCUGCUGCUUUGCUGUUGUAAAUGUUGCAAAAUGUGUAUAGGUUGGAAGUGAAACUUCCACUUAGUUGUAAAUAAGGGGGAAAAAACGACUCUUGCACAUAUAGGUAGUCCUCAACUUAUGGCCAUUCAUUUCGCAACUGUUCAAAGUUAUGAUGGUGCUGAAAAAAGUGACUUACCACCUGUCCUUGCACUUUCAACUGUCAUAACAUCCCCACAGACAAGUGAUCAAAAUUUGGGUGCUUGGCAACUGACAUGUAUUUAUGAGGUUGCAGCAUCCUGGGGUCACAUGAUCAC